ACAACUUUUUACAUAAUCUGCGGAAUUUUCUUGCGAAUUUCAAAACGAUAUGUGAUUUGCGCGAAAUUAUCAUCAUGGUUCGUGUAUUAUCUGUGUACCAUUUCCUCGGGCAGAAGACAAAAACAAUCGAGGAUAUCGUCGAUUCCUGCCUCAUCCCCGAAAAUCGAUUGGUUCUUGCCAAACGAAAUGGAUUCAUCGAGAUUUUCGACCUGAACGACGACUCGGAGGAAAGUUGUGCGUGUUUUGCGACAAUCGACGACGUCGUAACCGUGGAAUAUUGCAUUCAGGGCAACUAUUUGGCGUGCCUCGAGGAAAAGCAGUCCAAAGGGAAGUGCGUGAAAAGCGUUCGUGUUUAUUGUCAUUUCGAAGCGGCGGGACAAGACACAAAUUUGGGAAUAAAAGCACGGAUUGCGGGUAAAACGACGCCCAUUUACAGCACAUCGGAGACACGAUGCUUGGAAAUGUUGGAGAUACCGCUCAAGACGGUGCCUGAAAUCGUCGCGUGUUGUCAGUCAACGGGAAAUAUGUUUAUUUUGUCCGGUAACACGAUACAACCAUUCGUCUUCAAAUAUUGCUAUAAUGACAGCACCAAAUACAAAUUUAUCGAUUUCAUGGAAGCCAACUUUUACGUGGAGUUGGAUUUCAAGCCGACAAAAUUGGAAGUUGCUGAGAACAUUUUCGCUGCCAUGAAUCAAAUGUACGUGAAUGUAUUUCAAAUUAUCGGGGCGUCGUCGAGUGUUUGGAACAACAGCAGUAAUGAGGCAUCGACGAGUAGUUUUAUCCCAUCAGACAACAAUCAUAAUAUUGAACCAAAAUUCCGUAUAGAUGUCUCACGUGAUCUGGAUUACAAUUUAAUUAAAGACAAAAAGGAGAUAAAUGAUCAAAUUUUUCUCGUAGAUUUGACUUCUAAGGCACAACAAACGCAACAACGCAAAAGUGACUUUGACUCUAACGAAAUGAAACCGAUUGUCGUGACAAAUCUCUCGUGUGUCAUAAAAUUUUUGGAUGAAAGUGAUUUGUGCAGUGUCGAUAUUCAGACGUUAUUACAGCUAAAACUGGCUCCUGUACGUCCUUUGGAUCAACUUUCGGGAUACAGUUACAAAUUUUUAUGUUUAACCUUACGCCCUAUUUACGUCGAACAAAAUACAAAACGAACUGCACGUGAAUUUUCACUCGAAUCAGCAUUUCAUCAACAUUUUAUUGGAUGUUCUGUGCUUGUGACAACACAACAAGAUGGUUACUUGUAUCAAGUUUACAACGAAAAACAUUCCACGGGAAAGUGUCAUGCCUUUCCAUUUACAUCUCCUGUUCGAGACGUUGCUUUGGAUGACACAACUUUGCAUGCACUCACCGAUAACGGCAUUGAAUCUUAUACAGUUCGUACGGGACAUCGACUUUUCAACGAUGUGCUUUCGAAUUCUGCAUCGAGUAACACAAAAAUCGUGCCUAACAUGAACAAAAGCAUCUGUUUGAUCGGAUUAAGGCCCUUUUUGGGUGUCAGAAAGAUCCUCUUGAGUGAUACGAAUCUAGUCUUAUUAGCAAAUUCGUUAAAUAGUCCAACGACACAAGCAGGCGAUCAUCAAUGGACCAUUUAUAAUUUGCAAAUUCCGAGUGCAGACAUGAUUUAUCGAGAUUUUGAGGAUUUGGCAAAGAAGAAAUACAGCAAAAAUAGAAAUGCGUUCAUAGAUUUGAUUGAAGAAGCGCACAUUAUACUUCGAACUAAUUUGGAAGUAUCGAAAUUGGUAAGCGGCGUUGACGAGGAUAUGGAUUGUGCAGCUAUUGCAACGCUGAAGGCGAAUAAUUCGAAGGAAGUUGGAGAAAUGUACAAGGAUUCGUGCAUUUUAUUGGGAGAUUUGUAUGCGUUAUCCAGCGAACAAUCUGAAUACAAACAAAGUUUACCGUACUACAUGAUGGGAGGAUUGUCGCUUCUCGACAUCUUCAAACGACUCAAGAAACUCCAAAAUGGGGAAAUGAAGUGCAUCACAAGUCUUAUUUACACACUAAAAACAUAUUUAACACAAAUUAUCGCAAACGCAAGUGAAUUAGAUGCACUUUUGAGCAAAACUGUUCGUCACGAUGAGUUUAUUCCGUCGGAGCAAUUCAAUGGGCACGAAGCAGGCCUUCCCAAAACCGUCAAAUUUGGUGAAAUUAUCAUUGAAGUACUUGCCAAGUACUCUCCCACAGAAUUGGCGCCCAUGAUUUUGCAACUUCCCGUUUUCAUGGAUUACAUCGGGAGCGGAAUGUUUGAAGUUAUCAAAGGUUUCCCUUCGAAAACGUCGGAGGACAUCAUUUGUUUGGUCUUUUACUUGAUGAAACGUAACGAAGUUACGAAAGCACGAGCCAUGUUUGAGGAAAUUAAUCACGAGCACAUGCGAGAAACGCUUCAAAAGCAUUAUCGAUUGCUUUUUGAUGCAACAGUGAAUUCAAAGGGACUUCGCGUUGUGAAUUUCUCCGAUUUCACGGAUUUAUUCUUCCUCAAUACGACAAACGUGCAUCAACAGAACCUUUUCACGGACAUUUGUUUGCACGUUUUGACAGAAACGCAAUUUUUGGACUACGAAACCCUGCUGAAAAUGUUCAUGGAUCACUUGUCGGCCUUAAUUGGGAACAAUAGUUACAUAAAUGGGCAAAAUUUGGUACAAACGUUCCUCGAAAAGUACUUCUUUCAUAUCAACGUGAAACGAUGUCUCGGAAAUGGCGGAACAAAAUCCGGCGACGACUAUACUUCAAUGGAUGUUUUUUCAUCGAAUUCUGAACCGGCAAGUCUUCGUAGCAUCAACGACAUUUCCGCGUCAGAAUCGGAGAAUUCCCUCAAAAAAAGUAUUCGUAUCCUGAUUCGGUUGUAUUUGACACAUCUGAAAUAUGCAACGUGCAAUUCGCCGCUUGUUCCGCAAGAAAAUGGCGUCGAACAUGAAAACGAAGAUGAAGAAUUGAAAAAUUUCGAUGAAAAAAUCGACAAUUUUAUCGAACGUUACAAAUCAAUGACACAACGCACGGAUUUGGCGACGUACAAUACACGAAAUAUUUUGUUCUUUGAACAUAGAUGCCAUUAUUUGACGCUAAUGUCGCCGUUCGAAGAAAAUUUACUCAACAGCAUGGGACAGAGGAAGAUCGAAAGUGAAACGAUGGUUACGUUGUUGAAAUUGCAAUCAAUUUUGUGCAAUCAAGAGUUAUUGGCUGACUUACAGAAGGAUGUUUUACAGUUUUUACAGCAAAAUAACGAUUUAAUUGGAGCAGAUGCGAUUCUAAGUUGUCUUUAUCCAACGAACGUCAGUGUAGAAUUCAUUUUAGACAAAUGUCCUCAAGCUGUGCUUGAAUUCGGCAUCAACAAAUUUCGCACAGAUGCGGAUUGGGUCUUUUUAUUGAAGUGUGUUCAGCAAAAGAUGAAUUUUUAUGACGAAAAUCGGAAUUUGAAAGCACUUUUGUUGUAUUAUCGCAUCUUUAAAGAAAUUCUUGAAUACAUCGCGGUCUCAUACCCAUUGGAAGUGACAAUGAAGAUCCUGCAAGACAAAAAUUACGUUCUGAAAAACCUCGAACAUUCCAGCAGCAUUCCAAAUUACAAAUAUUUAUGUGAUUUUACCGACUACAUCAACAUCUGUUCAGACACAAAGCACUCAGCGAAGCUUAAACAAAUGAUCGAACAAACGGGACAUCAGCUUUUCGAAGCGAUCAACAAGAAUAAAAUGGUUUAACUGACAACUUUUUAACCAAUUAUUACAAAAACCAUCAUCGAGUGUCAUAUUUUUAGAGCUUAUUUUUACCUUUUUAAGAACUUGACUUUUUAAACUUUUUUCUAAAUGAAUUUUUUUAGCGCCAGCUUUUAUUUAAUAAUCGUAAGUUAUAUCAGCGAGCAGCAGCUUUAAUUGUGAUCAAAAUAUAUUAAUAUUAGUUUUAAACAUAACUGCUUUGAAAGCACAAAUAUUUAUUAAAACGAUAGACAAUUAAGUAUUAAUUAAAUAAAUUAGCAGGGCACGAACACAAAAAAAAAUCAAUAAAUCAAGCAAUUCAGAGGACUUGAAAUUACAGGUAACAUUUUUUGGGACACAAUUUUUGUGAGAAACUGAAAUGAAGAGACAAUUGAUACGCAUUUUUACCAUAAUUAGAAGAUAGAAACCUAAAGCACUAAACGUUUUAAGGAGAUUUAUGUCGUGAAAGUCGCUUUUAUCGUGAUUUUUGAACGUAGUUGUCAUAUUUGUACCACUGAAAGAAAUAGAAAGUAAAGUAUAAAAGUCGUAAAAAGACGAAUUUUUAUGAAAAUUUAAUAAGAAAAGUUAAAAUACGAAAAAAUAUUUAAAAUUAAUUGACAUUUAAAAUAGAGCAAUUACUUAAAAUUCGAAAUAGAACUUUUAAACAAUAAAUAAAAUCAAAAAAAAUUUUUUUUUCAACAACAUACAUUUUUGCAUGUCAAGUCAAUAUAAAGUUUAUCUGUAUUUUUUUGUCUUUUUCAAGAAAAUCAAACAAAACAAAGAGAUUAUUA